ACGUGGGAGGAAGUGCCUUCACUAAACAACAGAGUUCUCAAUUCAGUGUGGCAUAUAUAUGCUACAUGGCUUUCUCCGCAGACCUUUUUCUUUGUCUUGUGUUUUUACCCUGUGUGUGCGGUUGUAGCCUUUCUCUGGACGGUAAAUGGAGGCUCCUGAGCUCAAACGGGUCACUGUCUUUGGGCGCACAGGUCCCGGGAUGUGUGCACUCAGCUCUGCAGCAACAGGGGCUCAUCCAGGAUCCUUAUUACAGAUUCAAUGAUGUGUUUUAUCAGUGGAUUGCUUUAGAAAACUGGACCUACAGCACCACCUUUUCUCUCAAUUCAACAUACAGGGAUAAAAAUAAGGUGUUGCUGGUCUUUGACGGCAUUGACACAGUAUCCACAAUUUCACUAAAUGGCAUUACUUUGGGAAGGACAGACAACAUGUUUCAAAAAUAUAACUUUUCCGUCAGGGGAAUACUUAAAGUUCAAGACAAUGUACUUGAAGUGAGUUUGACGUCCCCGGUGCUUUACGCCCAAGAACAGAGGAAGCGGUCGUCCUACAGAGUGCCCCCCGAGUGCCCCCCAGAUGUGCAAAAAGGACAGUGCCAUGUUAAUUUUAUCAGAAAGGAACAGUGCUCGUUCAGCUGGGACUGGGGCCCGUCUUUCCCCACGAUGGGUCUCUGGAAGGGGGUUCGACUCGAGGCUUUCGACCAGAUUCACAUCCUUCAGGUUUCGGCUGUUCCUCUUUACAAUUCAAGUGCCUCUAAGUGGUCUGUUGAGGUUGAGUUGGUCAUUGAUGUGGUUAACACAAUGGACAAUGUGGAAGUGACUAUGUCCAUACCAGAACUUCUGUCAGUGAAGACACUUAAGGUCCAGUUUAUAACAGGGAGGAGCAAAGUCAAAUAUGUAUUAGACAUAAACACGGAAAGUAAGGUGAAGCUGUGGUGGCCCAAAGGACAUGGAGAUCAGCCUUUUUACUGGGUCGCCAUUACAGGAUUUCUGAAACAAGAGAAAAUUCUGAAUCAAAUGGGAAAGGUGUAUUUUCGCACUGUUGAACUGGUGCAGGAGCUGAUCCCUGACAAUCCAGGGCUCAGUUUCUAUUUCCGGAUCAAUAAGAAAUCAAUUUUCCUCAAAGGCUCCAACUGGAUCCCAGCUCAUUCAUUUCAGGACCAAGUCACAGAAAACACGCUGAGGAACUUAUUACAGUCAGCUGUAGAUGGAAACAUGAAUGCUCUCAGAGUUUGGGGAGGAGGUAUCUACGAACAGGAUCUGUUCUAUGAUCUGUGUGAUCAGAUGGGAAUCAUGCUUUGGCAGGACUUUAUGUUUGCCUGUGCUUUAUAUCCAACUGAGGAGGACUUCAUACAGUCAGUGAGAGAAGAGGUCGUCCAACAGGUCCAGCGCCUAAAGUCUCACCCCUCAAUAAUAGUUUGGAGUGGUAAUAAUGAAAAUGAGGCAGCACUGGCCACUGACUGGUUUGCCAUCCCGGUGACCCAAAGACCCAAAUAUGUGAAGGACUAUGUGACUCUGUACGUCAACAACAUACGGGACAUUGUUUUGGAGGAGGACUAUAGUCGUCCGUUCCUGGUGUCCAGUCCCACAAACGGAGCCGAGUCGGAGCAGGAGGGCUGGGUGGCUGUGAACCCUUACGACCCCCUCUAUGGAGACAGUCACUUCUACAGUUACACCCACGACUGCUUAGACUGGACCAGCUUUCCCAGAACACGCUUUGCCUCAGAGUACGGCUUUCAGUCCUGGCCCUCUCUCUCCACUCUGCAACAGGUUUCUAUAGAGGAUGACCACCGAUACGACAGCACCUUCUCAUCCCAUCGACAGCAUCAUGACAACGGGAACCAGCAGAUGUUACAGCAGGCCGCGCUGCACUACAACCUCCCCAACUCCACGGACACCUAUAAGAGAUACAUAGACACUUUAUACAUCACACAGGUGAUGCAAGCCCAGUGUGUGAAAGCCCAGAGCGAGUUUUACAGAAGAAGUCAAAGUGAACUUAUUGAAGGUAAAGGUCUGACAAUGGGCGCCCUCUACUGGCAGUUAAACGACAUCUGGCAGGCACCUUCAUGGUCAUCAAUCGAGUUUGGAGGAAAGUGGAAAAUGCUUCAUUAUUUUGCUCAAAACUUCUUUGCUCCAGUGUUACCAGUUGGAUUUGAAGAUAAGGACAACUUUUUCAUUUACGCCGUUUCAGAUUUGAGUGAAGAUCUCUGGCUUAAUUAUGUUGCUUCCGCAUAUAAAUGGUCCAGUAUGGAUCCUGUCUGCUUAAUGUCCAGUAAACUUCCAAAGUUUAUACCUGGAGGCAGCGCUGUGAACAUUUACCAGCGGUCCAGUGGGCCCAUGCUAGAGGUAUGUGGAUGUACACGUCAGUCCUGCUUCGUCACGUUUCAUCUGGAAGACAGCAAAGGACAACAGAUGGGCCCCACCAACUACCACUUCUUCUCUCCGCUAAAAGACGCCCAGGGCGUCCAACGACCCAACAUCACUGCUAAGGUGUUGAAGGAUGGCGAGGCCUUCUCUGUAUUCGUCCAAACUGAUGCCAUUGCCCCAUUUGUGUGGCUGGAUGUGGGCUCUGUCCCGGGACGCUUCAGUUCGAAUGGUUUCCUGAUGGUCACCGACAACAUAACAGUCAGUUUUUUUCCCUGGAGACCCACCAGCGUCACCGAGCUGAGCCAAUCUCUUGUCAUCACAACAUUACGAGACGUUUACUGACCGAGGAAAAAAAAAUACUUUUAUAGGUAUCACACUGGAUGUUAUACUUGAGAUUUGUGAAAGUUAUUUUCAGUGGCAAGCACUUUAAAGUGUUUUAAUCUUCACAACAUCUACACCUUAAAUUGAAAAAACAAAACAAAACUAAUUGAUAAUGAACAAAUAGUUUAUUAAGAAUGAUUCAGGCUUAGUAACUACUUAAGGGUUAGGAGUUGGGAUAGUAGGAGUUAAGCCUGAAUAAUUAUUAAUAAACUAUUACAAAUGAAAUCUUUGUGCAUUAUUAUGGCUGUAAAUAGUAGUUAUUAUACAAUCUUUACCAGUGAUCUCUAUUUCUUCAUAGUUUUGCACUGAAAAAAAAGGUACCAGUAUAUUUUUGUAUAUGAAGCAUAAUUAAAGUUUAUAUAUUUUUAUAAUAAAUGUUUUGUUUUCUCAUC